CUGAAAUGGAAAAGUUAGAAAUUCAUUCAACUUCUGAAGCUUUUGAGGAUUAUUUCGAAAGGUUCGAAAUCUGGGUCAUGACCAAAGAAGAUGAUGAGGAUGUUAAUAUUGUGGCAUAUUUCCUCACAUUCAUCGGUAAAGAAGCAUACAGUUUAUUAAGAACUCUGGCUAUGCCGGAAAAACCCAUUUCGCUUCCUUAUACAACUCUCAAGGAAUUACUACUGGACUAUGUCAAGUAUGCAAAUUUUGAUUGCAGUAAAGAAGGGGAAUUUCCUAAAAUGAUUCAUCAGGACAUCAAAAAUUCUACUACCUCACGUUAUCCUAAUCCAGUGCAUAUUCAAGGAUAUGCAAAUAAUUCAUUGCGGGGUUGCAGUGCGUUUCACGAAGAUGGGCACAAGUUUGUUCAGUGUUUGUCCUGUGGCAAGUUCCAUGCCUUUAAUUCAUAUAAAUUUCGUAAUUCUAAAUGCUUGAAAUGUGAUGUUAUUGGAUAUAUUCAGUCAGUCUGCAAUACUAAUGUUCAUCUUAUUGCAACUAAUAUUAAGUCUUGUAAUUCUGAUUCUACUGAGUCGAGUAUUUAUAAUGAUGAUUUAUCUUUAUCAACGAUUGCAAUAUACAGUGUAGAGUCACAAAACAGUUCAGAGUUAAAUCAAAUUCAGAAUUCUUGCGAAACAACAGUUUCUAACCAAUCGAUUUAUCAGAAUUCUCGUGCUAUUGUACCAGGUAUGGCUUUUCCUAAUGAUUCACAUAUUUCUGAUGAAAUUUCUUACAAAUCUGAGGAAAAUAUGUUAAAUGAACCUAUUCAUUAUCAAAAACCUGAGGCAGUCAUGAUAGAUGCUAAUUUUUCUAAUGAUCCAUUGCUCUGCAAUGACAUUCUUAGUCAAUUUCAUGAAAAUAUUUCAGAAGAAUCAAAUCCUGAUAUCAUAUGUAUUACCUAUCCUCAUAAUGCAUUUGCUCCUUGUGAAAAACUUGUUCAAUGCAAAGCACGAAUACUAAAUGAGCUCGGUUUUGAUUACAAUUCUGAUGAUUUCAUAUCAACUAUUGUUCAUCCUUAUCACAAAAACACUUCCAAUGUUUACUCUAAUCAAUGUGAGAAAUAUGUUUUAGAUGAAGCCACAUUAUUCAUAACUUGGGAAUAUAAUACCCAACAUUAUUUCGUGGUGGGGGUAGCGUUGAAAAAUCUAUGGUUCCAAUUCGACAUAUGA